AUGAUAGUAAGCUUCUUCGACCAAUUUGCAAGCCCAUCCUACCUAGGAAUUCCACUAAUUGCCAUCGCAAUUGCACUACCCUGAGUACUUUACCCAACUUCAUCAUCUCGAUGAAUUAACAACCGCCUUAUUACAAUUCAAGGAUGAUUCAUUAAUCGAUUUACAAAUCAACUAAUACUCCCACUAAAUGUAGGGGGACAUAAAUGAGCCCUACUACUAGCCUCCCUAAUAAUUUUCUUAAUUACAAUUAACAUGUUAGGGCUCCUGCCAUAUACCUUUACACCAACGACACAACUAUCACUCAAUAUGGGAUUUGCUGUACCACUAUGACUUGCUACAGUAAUUAUCGGAAUGCGAAAUCAACCAACAGUAGCUUUAGGUCACCUGUUACCAGAAGGUACACCCAUCCCACUGAUUCCAGUACUAAUUAUUAUCGAAACAAUUAGUCUAUUUAUUCGACCAUUAGCCCUAGGAGUCCGACUCACAGCCAACUUAACUGCAGGCCACCUUCUAAUUCAACUUAUCGCCACAGCUGUAUUUGUUCUCCUACCAAUAAUACCAACAGUAGCAAUUCUAACCGCCACAGUAUUAUUUUUACUAACACUAUUAGAAGUAGCCGUAGCAAUAAUUCAAGCUUAUGUAUUUGUACUUCUUCUAAGCCUGUACCUACAAGAAAACGUUUAA